AUGGGCAUCUCCAUCAUUUCCGGUGUCCUCUCCUCGCUCGAAUCUUCAACAUCUCAGCUGAAAAUACGUAAACACUCUCUUCCCAACAAAUGGGAGUCACACACGCCCGGAACAUCGACGCCUACGAUUAGCAAUGGUGGCGAGUCACCCGUCUUGCCCAGUGGCAUCUCCGAUCCAACGAUCCCAACGCGCUUUCUCGCCUGCGUCAGCAGAGAGUCCACAGCUAGGAAACUCCAGACAACCUUUGCGCAGCUGGGUCCGCUUGGAGCAGGCAUCGAAGUUUUCCAAUCUGCAAAUGUCGAAGCUGCGCAGCAGGCAGACGUGAUUCUCCUUUGCUGCAAGCCACAAAUCGCUCAUGUCAUCUUAAACGAAGAAGGCAUGAAGGAAGCUCUGCACAAGAAACUCGUGAUUAGUAUUCUAGCGGGUGUAACCAUUUCGCAGAUGACAGAGUGGGUGACUCCAGAAACGCGUCUCGUCCGCGCAAUGCCAAACACUCCGUGCAAAGCAAGUCCGGUUGAUAUUCGAGAAGGGAUGACAGUCAUCACCCCGUCUCUCGACAGUGCACCCGGGGUUUCAACCGACGUCGAGUUGGAGAAGACUAUUAUCCUCAACAUUUUCUCCUCCAUUGGGCGUUGUCGAUUCCUCGAGGAGAAACACUUUGACGCUUGUACAGCCCUCUCCGGAUCGGGGCCUGCUUUCGCCUGUGUGUUCCUUGAGGCAAUCGCAGAUGGUGGCGUGAUGAUGGGAUUACCAAGGGCAGAGGCUCUUGAAUUGGCCGCACAAACACUUCAGGGUGCGGCGCGCAUGGUCUUGCAAGAUGGGGCACACCCUGCCCAGAUCAAGGACGCAGUCACGACACCUGGAGGAUGCACUAUCGCGGGAUUACUAGCACUCGAGGACGGACGAGUGCGGUCUACGAUUGCUCGAGCAAUCCAGAUUGCCACAGAGCGCGCUAGCGUCUUGGGACAGCCGGUGAAAAAGUAA